AGAUCUCUUAAUCAUUGCUUCCUAGAAACCCAGUAUAUAAAUAUUGUAACCGCCCUAAUCACAUUUUUCAACUUGUAAGUCUUGGGACAAUAUAUUUACGGCCGCAUUCAAGAUGGAGAAAAGCUUAGAGCCAAGGACGGAAGGGGCGCGAGCGGAAGCGGAAGUUUCCCACAUGUGCUCUUCUGUAGCGGAAACGCCUCUGGGUCGGGGCCUCGGAGUGUGAUUGCUGUGGAAAGUUGCUGAGGGAGAAUCCAGUGGCUAGGAAGAAGCUUCAACGCAACCUUCUCCCCAGAUUGAGUGCCAUUCCCCCGUUCUACCAUGGGAAAGAAGGGCAAAGUCGGCAAGAGCCGGCGGGACAAGUUCUAUCAUUUGGCAAAGGAGACUGGUUAUCGUUCCCGCUCUGCCUUCAAGCUGAUCCAGCUCAAUCGCCGCUUUCAGUUCCUGCAGAAAGCUCGAGCCUUACUGGAUUUGUGUGCUGCGCCGGGAGGAUGGCUGCAGGUGGCUGCCAAGUUUAUGCCUGUGUCCAGUCUUAUUGUGGGAGUGGACCUGGUUCCAAUCAAGCCUCUCCCCAAUGUGGUGACUCUUCAGGAGGACAUCACUACAGAACGCUGUAGGCAGGCACUGCGAAAGGAGCUGAAGACUUGGAAAGUGGAUGUUGUGCUCAAUGACGGGGCCCCCAAUGUCGGGGCGAGCUGGGUCCAUGAUGCUUACUCACAAGCCCACUUGACACUGAUGGCUCUGCGUUUGGCUUGUGAUUUUUUGGCACGUGGUGGCAGCUUCAUCACAAAGGUUUUCCGUUCCCGUGACUAUCAGCCCCUGCUGUGGAUCUUUCAGCAGCUGUUCCGCCGUGUCCAGGCCACCAAGCCCCAAGCCUCUCGCCAUGAAUCUGCAGAAAUCUUUGUAGUCUGCCAGGGGUUCUUGGCUCCUGACAAGGUUGAUAGCAAAUUCUUUGAUCCCAAGUUUGCCUUCAAGGAGGUUGAAGUUCAGGCUAAGACUGUUACUGAGUUGGUAACUAAGAAGAAGCCAAAGGCUGAAGGCUAUGCUGAGGGUGACCUGACUCUUUAUCACCGUACCUCAGUCACUGACUUCCUACGGGCUGCCAACCCUGUUGACUUCCUCUCCAAGGCCAGCGAGAUCUCAAUCGAUGAUGAAGAGUUGGCACAACAUCCAGCUACCACGGAGGACAUACGGGCAUGCUGUCAGGACAUUAAAGUUCUGGGGCGCAAGGAACUUAGGUCCCUACUGAACUGGAGAACAAAACUUCGGCGCUAUGUGGCUAAGAAGCUAAAAGAGCAAGCCAAAGCACUGGAUAUCAGCCUCAGCUCAGGAGAGGAAGAAGGUGACGAAGAGGAGGAGUGUACUGCUGAGACCUCGAGGCAGCCUUCGAAGGAGGAAGAGGAGGAGGAGCAACUGAACCAGACCCUGGCAGAGCUGAAGGCUCAGGAGGUGGCAGAAUUAAAGAGGAAGAAGAAGAAGCUGCUUCGAGAGCAGAGGAAGCAACGGGAACGCAUAGAACUGAAGAUGGAUCUGCCUGGAGUUUCCAUUGCAGAUGAGGGGGAGACGGGCAUGUUCUCCCUGCGUACCAUCCGAGGUCACCAGUUACUAGAGGAAGUAACACAAGGGGACAUGAGUGCUGCAGACAGACUCCUGUCAGAUCUGCCAAGGGAUGACAUCUAUGUGUCAGAUGAUGAGGAUACUGGUUCAUCUCUGGACAGUGACCUUGAUCCAGAAGAGUUGGCAGGAGUCCAAGGACAUCAGGGAGUGAAGGAGCAGAAGAGUGUGCGAUUUGCUCAACUAGAAGAUAAUAAAGAGGAGGAAGAAGAGAAUCCACUGUUGGUGCCACUGGAAGAAAAGGCAGUGUUGCAAGAAGAACAGACCAACCUGUGGUUCUCAAAGGAUGGCUUCAGUUGGAUUGAGGAUGCUGAUGAUGAGGCCCUGGAAAUCAGUCAGGCCCAGCUGUUGUAUAAGAGCCGUCACAAGGGGCAGGAGCAGGAGCCACCAGAACCACUGUCACCUUCCAGUUUGAAGAAAGAGAGAAAGUUGCCCCAGUACCAGAAUGAGCCCCUGGAUGGGGACAAGGCUUCCUCUGGGUCAGGAGUUGGCAGUGGCCCUGAAGUGGAAGGAAGUAACAGCUCAGACAGUGAGAGUAGUAGCAGUGAGGAUGAGGAGAGGGGACCAUCCCGUGGUAAGAAGCGUAGCCGUGGGCCUAUAUCUGAUGCUGACGGGUUUGAGGUUGUGCCUAUUGAGGAUCCAGUGAAACAUAGGAUUCUGGACCCUGAAGGCCUUGCUUUAGGUGCCAUUAUUGCUUCCUCCAAAAAGGCCAAGAGAGACCUCAUAGAUAACUCCUUCAACCGGUACGCAUUUAAUGAAGACGAGGGGGAACUUCCAGACUGGUUUGUGCAGGAAGAGAAGCAGCAUCGAAUACGGCAGUUGCCUCUUGACAAGAUGGAAGUGGAACAUUACCGCAAACGCUGGAAGGAAAUCAAUGCACGUCCCAUCAAGAAAGUGGCUGAGGCCAAGGCCAGAAAGAAACGAAGGAUGCUGAAGAAGCUGGAACAGACUAAGAAGAAGGCAGAAGCUGUGGUGAACACAGUAGACAUCUCUGAACGAGAGAAGGUGGCACAGUUGAGAAGUCUCUACAAGAAGGCUGGUCUGGGCAAGGAAAAACGGCAGGUUACUUAUGUUGUAGCCAAAAAAGGUGUGGGUCGCAAAGUGCGGCGGCCAGCUGGAGUCAGAGGUCAUUUCAAAGUGGUUGACUCAAGAAUGAAGAAGGAUCAGAGAGCACAGCAACGGAAGGAGCAGAAGAGAAAACACAAGCGGAAAUGAGACUGAAAUGUAGCAGGAACAAUGUGGUACAGUUCAUCUAGCCUCCUUGUAGCAGUUGGGUGCUUGCUGUUAUCACAAAUACCUAACAUGCCAAGGAGGCAGUCCUAUAUGGGGAGAAGGACAUUUUCCUGCCUGGAGGAUGCUCUCCCAGGAAAGCACCAAGGAGCUUCAUUACCUUUCUGUGAAAACAAGGAGUGCUGGAGCUAUGUGGUCAAAUCUUUGGUGUUUUGUAACCAGUCUUAGGGAUGGGAUGUGGGCC